CAUAUUGUAUACGGCUGUGGCGCUCUAUCCGGCAUCAACCACUGAAAGGGCGGACGCGAAAGCUGCUCUCACUCUCCCUCCUGCCAGCAUCUCCAUCUCAGGUGGUGGUGGCUCGACACGGAAACCAGUUUAUGGAGCGAUCUCAUUGUUCAUUCGUCUGCGGAGUAGUCGUCGUCAUCGCCCGGACCGGCCGGCCCUCUUUAAUUUAUGCUCGCGCUUCUCUUUAGUUGCUUUGCAAGUCUCGUGCUGUUUGAUCGCCUAAGCGCGCGUAGUUCCAAGAAAAUUUCCCGCAGCCUCACCACCGGGUUGGGAGUUGCAAAAUUCCGUCGGAAUCGGAAACGGAAUCGAAAGCCGCUCGUCGCAGGCUUCGCAGUGAUGAAGUGGAGCUUUUGGGCCAUUUUCUAAGUGAUCUGUCGCUCAUAUGUACUGCCUCUGAGCUCUAGAGUUUAAAUCAUAAUUGUGCAAUUGUAUCGACUCUGAUGCACUACUUUAAAACCAAAGCAAAUUUGUUCUACGGUGCAGCGUUAUUUUAGGUUUUAAGCUAUUAAUAAGUAAAGUGUAUUCGGACAAUGGAUAUGUCCAGCGCCAACUCGUUGCGGCCUCUAUUCGCGGGGUAUCCCUUUCAAGGACAAGGUCGCGUUAACCAGCUCGGAGGCGUUUUUAUCAAUGGUCGCCCGCUGCCCAAUCACAUUCGCCUUAAGAUCGUGGAAAUGGCGGCUAGUGGAGUUCGGCCCUGUGUGAUCUCGCGCCAGCUGCGCGUCUCCCACGGCUGCGUAUCAAAGAUUCUAAACCGAUACCAGGAGACGGGCUCCAUUAGACCCGGUGUAAUAGGUGGAUCUAAGCCCAAGGUAACCUCGCCCGAGAUUGAAACGCGGAUCGAUGAGCUGCGAAAGGAAAACCCCGGCAUAUUCAGUUGGGAGAUACGCGAGAAGCUGAUCAAGGAGGGCUUUGCGGAUCCACCGUCAACGUCAUCGAUCAGUCGGUUAUUGCGGGGUAACGAUCGAGGCAGCGAAGAUGGUCGGAAGGACUAUACUAUACAUGGAAUUCUUGGAGGCCGUGACUCCGACAUAAGUGAUACGGAGUCGGAGCCUGGGAUUCCGCUGAAACGCAAGCAGCGGCGCUCCCGGACCACCUUUACCGCCGAGCAGCUGGAGGCCCUUGAGCGGGCCUUUGCCCGCACACAGUACCCGGACGUGUACACCCGGGAGGAGCUGGCCCAGACCACUGCCCUGACCGAGGCGCGCAUCCAAGUCUGGUUCUCCAAUCGUCGCGCCCGUCUACGCAAGAAUUCGGGCGGCUCGAGCUCCGGACUUUCGCCCAUGAACAGUGGCAGCUCUAGUGUGGGUGUUGGAGUGGGCAGUGGGGCGGCGGCGCCACUGGGCUUUGGGCCUUUGGGCGUGGGUUCCAUGGCAGGCUACAGUCCCGCGCCUGGCACCACCGCAAGUGGAGCUGGCAUGAACGAUGGAGUUCACCAUGCCGCCAACGCUCCAAGUACCCACCACAGUGCAGCAGCGGCUGCUGCAGCGGCGCACCAUCAUACACAGAUGGGUGGCUACGAUUUGGUACAAAGUGCGGCGCAACACGGAUUCCCCGGGAGCUUCGCUCAGCCCGGCCACUUUGGGAGUCAGAACUACUAUCAUCAAGACUACUCCAAAAUGACCAUUGACGACUUCUCCAAGCUAACCGCCGACAGUGUCUCAAAGAUCUCGCCCUCACUGCACCUGAGCGACAACUACUCAAAGCUGGAGGCGCCUUCGAACUGGUACCAUCUUAACCAGUCGGCGGUGGCCGCAGCCAACUACAAUGCCCACGUAGCCCAACACCAGCUCAACGACUACGCCGCUGCAGCGGCUCACGGCUCAGCGGCUGCCGCCUACAACCACCACCCCUUACCGGCGCAAGGUCAGGCCAAGUACUGGUCAUGAACUUUGGAUCCAGAGACAUCGCUUCACGAACGAGAGCCAAUCCAUUUUUGCGUUAGUUUUAUGCAUUUCAAUUAUCAGCAGAGGCACAUUUAGAUGUUAGGCAACUAUUUAUACAACGCAAAUGUGAAUAUGGAAAAUAACGCUUACUGCACGUGCAUUACAUGGCUUUUAUAGGCGCAUUAAGGCUGCCAGCGUUUCCAUACAAGCAUUUCGAAAAUAAAGCUACAAAUUAAUUUAUAUUUGUAA